AUGAGCGCCGUUGCCAUCCAGUUCGACCCGACCUUUAGCGUGGGCUCUAGGCCAACAUUUGCCUGGCCAGGAAUGUUUGAAUCUAACAACACCACAUCUACCAUGAUUGCGCAAGACUUCUCGUCAAUUCUUCACCCAGUGUCUGAAUCCAGCGUCUCUCCUCAAAGUGUGCCAAAGACACUUCCCGCAAGCCCUUCUAGGGGCAUCCUCACUCCCGAGCAGCGAGAGCUGAAGAAGCAACGAGACAGAGCCCGCCGGGACUCCAGAGCUUCCACACGAAUCCAGCGAGGUAGCAGCAGCAGUUCAUAUAUGAGCUCACCACCGAUGUCAGUGUCCGAUGUUACAAGCACCAUGGCUCUCCCCAUCUAUACAACAGCUCCGCCGGCCAUGUCUCUCCUCAGCGAGCCAGCUCCAGCAUUGAGCGACCCAUCAUACAUCCCCCCUUACAGCCCACACAUGCAGGAGCAGGCGUUUACUUCUCCGUAUCAACAACCUUUGCAAUCAAACUACUCCCUGUCGGUAGAAUACCCGCCCACCUAUGCUACCUCAAACGCAUAUGGUAUCUCUCACUCUUCCAUCCAGACCACGGGACAAGACAGCGGCAUGGUGUACCGCAUGCCCACCAUGCAGUCUGGCAGCGGGGCUUCUUCUGCCGGCAGCUCCAGCAGCCAAGAUGGCGCUGGCCACGUUCGCGUGAACCACAGCGCGAAACGGCCACCUCCUACACGACAAGUGCAAACAGCGACGAAGCUCUUGAAACAAGACGACUUUCCAAUCGAGUUUCGCAUCGAAUCCGUGAUUCAUUCGCUUUUAACCUACGAGGAGGGAGGCGACGCACCAGUCGCCACCCGUAUUGCGGUCUCUCACGCAGCUUAG